AUGACCAAGAACAGUACAGACCUCAGAAAGUAUUCCUUUAAGGGCAAAUACUCAUCACGAGCACCAAGUAAGAUUCCGAAAGUCAAGAAGGAGACUAAGGAACUCUACACCUACCAAUUGCCGCCUACAAUCAGAGACUAUGGUAACCAACUCACCCCAACUGAUGUUAUUUUCAACUUCGAAUCAGACGAAAAGCUUGCUGAUAAGUACGAAAGAGCAAUUGAAUUCAUAUUUGAACAGGUUCUCUCUGCUGAUGAAGAUGAGAAGGAGCUAAGUGCCAUGGCAAAACGAAGUAAUGUUGCUCUGACAUUUCUGACCUACAACAUCGCAAUCUUCGAAGUGAAUGAAAUCAAAAUUCUCAUGAAAUUGAUUUAUGAUGAAGACGAUUACUUUGAGGACGAGGUGACAGUGCUUCAACACACAUUCAAUUCCAGGGUUGUUUACUCAUACGAGUUCUAUAAGAACACAGAUGACAACAAGGGCGUUCUUUCUAUGGAGUAUCUGCCUGUGAGUGGAUGGUUUCCAAAAAGCACCAAGAAGAAUGGAUGUCUCGUAAACAACAACGUGGACUACAAAAAGAAGGAGAACCUGAUUCGAAUCUGGACCAGGGACGUCCUAAUUGGCCUGAAUAGUCUGCAUCAUGGUGGUUACGCCCAUUUGGAUUUUAAGCCUGAUAACGUCUUUGGGGCGGUAGAGGAGGAUCGACUUGUGUUCAAAUUGAUUGACUUUGGGGAUGUUGCGAAGGUUAAAAGAGGAGAGUUUAUUUCCAGGGACUCAGGAAGCACAGGUUACAAGCAUUACAAGGAGAUGAAGGAGAACAUGGCUGGGACAUUCAGUGACAUAUUCGCAUUGGGAAUGAGUCUCUGUUAUUUUGGCGUGAAAGAGGACUCAGACAAUUUGCUCCACGACUUUAGCAAGGCAGAUGUAGACGAAUCAAUGGCCUACGUUUACAAGAAGUAUAAGUACGACACAAACUACUCAGAUGAGUUGAUUGACUUCGUAGAAUGCUGUCUGAGAGACGACCUGGCAUCACGUCCAAGUGCAGAAGCACUACUUGAGCAUCCAUUCAUUACAGGCCAUACCAAAAUGAGUCACUAG